CGAGCGCCUUCUUGUCCGAGGUUGGAGGGAAGGGUAGAGGGGCGGGCCGGCGGGGCGGGCCAGGGCGUGGACCAGGGCCUCAGGCGGCACUGGCCAGAGCAGUUGGCUUCUCGGCCCCCGCCGCCCAAGCGGCAGCCCAGCAGAGCCUGCCAGAGGUGAGCUGCGGUGGAGUGGAGGUGGAGGUGAAGGGGUAGGAGCCGUAGUCAGCAGCGCAGAAGAUAGUGGAGGAAGGCGUGCGGCCUGGGGGAAGAGGAGAAGGAUGGAGAAGCAGCAGAAAGACUAUGAGGCUGAGGUCACCGAGCCUUGGUUUUCUAAGUGGGAGCGCCAGUGUCUUGCCGAGGUGGAGCAGGGAGAGCAGCUCUCCCCGGAGCUGCAGGAGGAGGCAGCUGCUGAUGCGGCAGGGCUCAAGAUCGAGCGGCAGAAGCUCUGGAACCUCUUUCAAAUCUCAGCCACCGCCGUGGCCCAGCUCUACAAAGAUUCUGGGUGCCAACAGCCAGGUCUCUCUAUGUGGGACCCCUUCCAGAAUGCGGCCAUGGCCGUGACCAGCCUCUACAAAGAGAGCAGGGAUGCCUACCAGCGAAGUUUUGAACUGGGCGUCCAGGUUGGCUAUCAGCGUCGUGUGAGAGAUGUGCUGGAGUGGGUGAAGAAGGGUAGAAGCACCAUUCUCCGGGAAGACCUCAUAAGCUUCCUCUGUGGCAAAGUACCCCCCACCCCUACGCCGCCACGCCCCUUCCGGACGUCCCCUAGACCAUCCUCCGCUGCCUCCACCCAGGCUGCUGCCACUGAAACCAGCGCACCUGUGGACGUCGACCUGCAGCCCUUCCAUGAGGCCAUUGCCCUCCAUGGCCUCAAUGGCGCCAUGGCAAGCAUCAGCAUGCGAUCUGGCGCUCCUGGUUCCCCAUCUCAAGAUGGAGGUGUUGCCAGCAGUGGGCGUCGGAAAAGUAGCUUUCUGGAAGAUGAUUCGAACUUCUUGGGCUCAGAAGAACUGGCUCUCAGCCUGGACAGUGGGGGAAUCCGCAAGCGCACCUCCGCCCAGUUUGGUGAUGCCACCACAGACUCUCCAUCCCACAAGCGCAACCGAAUGGUCUAAACUGCCACCUUGGUUAACCAACAUCCACAAACUUAUUGCUUAACAGUCAACUCCAUCAUCAACUUGCUUGUUGAGACCAUACUGGAGACUUAAAGAAUUCUAUCAAGUUUACCAUAAAGAAAACUUAAAAGUAUUCUAGAAGAGGCCUCCUAUGACUCUGACUAUCCAAAAAAAAUAUAAUUCCAUUACAGAAUAUCAAAUAUCACAUAGUUAGCAAGAUCACUUAAACUUUAAAGCAAAACAUAUCCAGUGAGAGCAGGAGCCUGGUUUAUCUUGUUCAAGUUGUAUUUCUUAGCACCUUGUACAGUUGUUGGUGCUCAGUAAAUGUUUGUUGAAUGAAUAAAUGUGACCUUUAAAUUCUUAAAGGGAAAAUACAUGGAAGUUUAUUUGAUUAUGGAAAAUUUUAUCCUUUCUUGUUCAGGUUGUUUGCUGUGAUACUUGUUGCCAAUUCAUGUAGAUUGUACCAAAAUGUAAGAUUAGAUGUAUUUAUGAAACCUGGAGUCAUCUGGUUUUACUGCACUACAUCAUGCACCCAAUUUCUAGAAAGAAAAAAAAAAAAAAAAAACAAAAACAA